CUCCCUGUCUAUCUACCCGUGUUUUCUGUUUCUAUUCCACAUCGUUCUGUACCGCGUAGCCGGACGGAUGAAUCGGGAGUAGUAUAGUCUCUUUGUUCGAAAAGCGUUUACGUUUUGUGACAUAGGAAACUUUGGAAAUCUAGGAUGAACGAUCCGAAAAAUGAGAUGCACUACACGCCACCGACUUCGAAACAGACGAAACCUUUUCCGAUUCGAGGGGAACGAGCAAAUUUCGUAAACAAGCCCCAUGUAAUCGCGAUGGUGGGUUUGCCAGCUCGAGGCAAGACUUAUAUUUCGAAGAAGCUCUGCAGGUAUCUCAAUUGGAUCGGAAUAAACACGAAGGUCUUCAAUCUCGGCGAGUAUAGAAGGCAUGCGACGACUGCCUAUCAAUGCCACGAAUUUUUCCGUGCGGAUAACAUAAAAGCUAUGGCGAUAAGAACACAAUGUGCCAUGGAUGCAUUGAACGACGUUUGUCGUUGGCUCGAGAGUGGCGACGGAGAAGUUGCCGUUUUCGAUGCUACCAAUUCUACCGUGGAUCGACGUAAAAUGAUACACGAUAUUGUUGUAGGAAAGAUGGAUUACAAGCUCUUCUUCGUCGAAUCUGUUUGUAACGAUCCUGAGAUAGUCGAGCAAAAUAUUAUGGAGGUCAAAGUCAGCAGUCCAGAUUAUGCGAAUAUGAACAAGGAAGAAGUAUUGGCCGAUUUUAUGUUGCGGAUCGAACAUUAUAGGGAAAAAUAUGAGCCACUGGAUGAGGAUUAUGAGACUGAUCUGUCCUUUAUGAAAAUCUAUAACACCGGCGAAAAAGUUAUAGUGCACAAACACGAGGGACACAUACAGAGCAGGAUCGUCUACUAUUUGAUGAACAUUCACAUUGUACCUCGUACGAUAUAUCUAACCAGGCAUGGCGAGAGUAUGAUGAAUCUGGAAGGUAGAAUAGGAGGUGACUCGGAUCUUAGUGAAAGAGGUUGGGAGUACGCCAGGGCAUUAGCUACCUUCAUUACCAGUCAGGAUAUUCAGGGUCUAAGAGUAUGGACAAGCUGGUUAAAAAGGACCAUACAGACGGCAGGGGAUGUGGAAGCACCUCAGGAAAGAUGGAAGGCCCUCAAUGAGAUCGAUGCCGGAAUUUGCGAAGAGAUGACCUAUGCAGAGAUCGCCGAGAAGUAUCCUACGGAUUUUGCUGCAAGGGACCAAAAUAAAUUCCCCUAUCGUUAUCCACGAGGUGAGAGCUAUGAGGAUUUGGUAGCACGGUUGGAACCCGUGAUAAUGGAAUUGGAAAGGCAAGGCAAUGUUUUGGUCGUCAGUCAUCAAGCGGUAUUACGUUGUCUGCUCGCUUAUUUCUUGGAUAAGAGUUCAGAAGAACUACCGUACCUCCAGGUACCAUUGCAUACCAUCAUUAAAUUGACACCCGUUGCAUAUGGUUGUAAAGUGGAACACAUACGACUACCAAUCGAUGCGGUGGAUACUCAUCGACCAAAACCAAAGAUCCCAGGAUAUUUGGAAGAUCGAUUCAGAAGGAAAGGGAAAGUUCUACGCACGUGAUAACGACCAUUUUAUAAUGCAGCAAGAUCCUAACUGCUCUACUUUCGGUAAUGACAGACAGAGACACAGAGAAAGAAAGGGAGAGAAAGAAAAAGAGAGGGAGAGAGGGAGAGAGAGAGAGAGAGAGAGAGGGAGAAAGAGGGAAAGGGAGAGAAAGAGAGAGGGAGGGAGGGAGGCGUUUAGGCGACACAUUGUAUACGGCAGCUGGCUGCCCAUCAUUGAUGAUGACUAUCGUCCCAACUGACUAAUUUUUUUCCUUCUUCUUCGGACGAUGUACAUCAAAGAAUUUCGGCGAAUGUACCUAACGGUAAUCGAUGAUGUAUCUUCAUAAUGUAUCUAUCACACACGUGCGCACAUCUAUAAACGUACGUACACGGAACACAACAUUCAAAUUCUCGACUCAUAGAGACAUAUACACAAACUAUACGAAAUCUAUAAAAGAAGGUCUGCUCAGUCGAUAAUAUUAUCAAGACUCGCGACACUUUGCCUUCAUUUUAGGCAUUUUUCGUGAGUUUAAUCCUAUUUAAUGAUAUUUACUACUGAGGAGUUCCUAAUAAAUUCCUACAUAGAAUUUUAGCACUACGUUUUUUAUGAAUAUAUUAUAUAUUAUAUAUGGUUAACGUUCUUUCGAUAUUCAUCGUAUUAUUGACAUAAUAUCAUCUUAAUGAAUAUUCUUUCGUAAUAAUCAACACAGCAAUAACGACUAUAAUCAUUCAAGAAUCCUAAAUCGUGUCUUGCUAAGACAUGAAUAGUAAAUUAUUCGAAUAAAUUACUGGCUACUGGUGGCGUUACGUUAUUUGUCGAAUUAAAAUAGGAUCUAAAUUUAUUUACGACAAGAUGUUGACAAUAUUUGAAAGAACGUUUAUCUAAACCACCUCUUUUACAUUUUAUGCAAAUGUGUCAGAGAUCAAAAUAUGCCUUAUAUAUUAGCAUUCCUUUAAAUGAUAAUAAAAAUACGUCAAGUGAUAAUGCGAAAGUACUUAGAAAGAUAUUUGAAGUGAAUGAAAAAAAGCAAAAAAAAAAAAAAUAUUGGUGCGAUGUAAAAAGUUCGAAUAAAAGCGAGGUAUAUGGUGCUUCCAAAAAUUUAUGAUUGGGCAGAUCUGUUAUAUGUACAAAAAAAAAUGCAUAUAUACAUGAUUGAUCGUGAAGCGCUUUAGAAAAAUUUGUUGCAUAUAAUAAUA